CUGUGUGUGUUAUUGUAAAAAAAAGUUGAAACUUGGAAGCAAGGUUGGAGUUUGGGAUAAUUUUUGUGUUUAUACCCGAUAAUUAUUGGAUUUUCUCCAAUUUAAAACUAAAACACAAUUCUAAAUAAACAACAGAGCAAUAUUGGUAAUCUCACCGUACAAUGACCAUUGCCCUACACGCAAAACAGAGGAAGCUCGUGCCAACCAUUUACGCCAGCUAGUUCAUUACAAAAGCCACAACGAUGAUAAACAUGAGCGCGCAGCAGAGCCCGGCGAACAUGCAGGCCGGCGUGGACCGGGAGAAGAUCUACACGUGGAUCCUGGAGCUGUGCAACCCGGAGACGCGCGAGAACGCGCUGCUCGAGCUGAGCAAGAAGCGCGAGGUGGUGCCGGACCUGGCGCCCAUGCUGUGGCACAGCUUCGGCACCAUCGCGGCCCUGCUGCAGGAGAUCACCAACAUCUACGUCGCCAUGAUCCCGCCGACCCUCACCGCUCACCAGAGCAACCGAGUGUGCAACGCGCUGGCGCUGAUGCAGUGCGUCGCGUCGCACCCCGAGACCCGCUCCGCCUUCCUGCAGGCGCACGUGCCGCUCUUCCUCUACCCCUUCCUGCACACCGUCUCGAAGACGCGCCCGUUCGAGUACCUCAGACUCACCAGCCUCGGUGUGAUCGGCGCUCUGGUGAAGACUGAUGAACAAGAAGUUAUAACUUUCUUGCUCACUACCGAAAUUAUACCCCUCUGCCUACGCAUUAUGGAAAAUGGAUCUGAGCUGUCCAAAACGGUUGCAACAUUCAUACUGCAGAAGAUUUUGCUAGAUGACAGUGGCUUGUGCUACAUUUGCCAGACGUAUGACAGAUUCUCCCAUGUGGCGAUGAUACUUGGCAAGAUGGUUCUGUCUCUGGCUAAGGAUCCCUCGGCAAGGUUGUUGAAGCAUGUAGUUCGAUGCUACCUUCGUUUGUCGGACAACCCAAGAGCCAGGGAAGCCCUACGUCAGUGCCUGCCCGACCAGCUCCGUGACGCCACAUUCACCGCAUGCCUUCAGGAAGACAACUCUACUAAGCACUGGCUGGCUCAGCUCAUCAAGAACUUGGAGGCAGCGCCGCCCCCCGCCAGUCCGGCUCAACCGAAUAUGUGAGGUUUACCUUAUUUGGACAUCUAGCCAACAUAUCUCAAUACUAUGCCAAUUGGUUUUUUUUCAGCUAGAAGCUUACUUCUGUUUGUACUCCUUGUAACACUAUUAAAAUACUAUUUUAGUUACGAAUUAAAGCUAUGAAGUUAUUACAGUGAACAUACAUUAUAAAAAAUCAAUGGACUGCAACACUAGGAAAUAAAUUUUUGGAUAAAAA